CUAAGCAGCGGAAAACAGCUGAGAGAAAGGGUAGAGAAGACAAAAUGGCCGAGUGAACGGGUCGCGCUGUGGACAAACGGUUGCGACACUCGAAGAUAGUCCAAUAGAUGUUUAGGAGCGAAAUGUUUGGAUAGAAAAACAUUAUCGCCUGGAGCGUUAUUGUUUUGGCGUUUCAGCCAUAAGCGUUUGAGGUCGUUUUUUCCGGGACGAUCCUCGCGAUAGCGUUAGCAUUUAGCUAACAUUAGCUGUUACUGGCUGGUCGUACAAGGCCGCAAGAUAUUUCGAUUUAGAUCCAAUUGUAUGUCGUUACUACCGCGUCAUACAGUGUUUCUUAAAGGACUUCGUAUUUCAACGAAGAUCUUUUGCGGAUGGUAGCAUUAAAAAGGUCAGCAGUCCGAUAUUUGUUUCCAAUUGGCGCAGUACGUUAGCAUAGUUUUGAAGUAGCUAACGCCAAGUGACUCGGAGCUACAUUUAUGUUUCACCGGUUUAGUUUCCCCACAAAACUGAAUUUCCUGAAGUGAAUCGUGUGGCUGUUGUCAUUUGGUGGAUAUUAUGGCGAGCAGCAGCGGCUCUAAAGCCGAAUUCAUUGUCGGUGGGAAGUACAAGCUUGUCCGGAAAAUUGGAUCGGGGUCUUUCGGCGACAUAUAUCUGGCCAUCAACGUCACAAAUGGAGAGGAGGUAGCAGUCAAACUGGAGUCGCAGAAAGCCAGGCAUCCACAGUUGUUAUACGAAAGUAAACUGUAUAAAAUACUACAAGGUGGCGUUGGCAUUCCACAUAUACGGUGGUAUGGCCAAGAGAAAGAUUACAACGUCCUAGUCAUGGACCUGCUUGGCCCCAGCCUCGAGGACCUGUUCAACUUCUGCUCUCGCCGCUUCACCAUGAAGACAGUCCUUAUGUUGGCAGACCAGAUGAUCAGCAGAAUUGAGUAUGUACACACAAAGAACUUCAUCCACAGAGAUAUCAAACCAGACAACUUUCUCAUGGGCAUCGGCCGUCACUGUAACAAGUGUUUAGACUCAUCAGUGGGGAAGAGGAAAAGAAGCUUGGCGGUUAGCUCUUCUCAGGACCCAUCUUUCUCAGGAUUAAACCAGUUGUUCCUUAUUGACUUUGGAUUGGCGAAGAAGUACAGAGAUAACCGAACACGACAGCACAUCCCCUACAGAGAAGACAAGAACCUGACUGGCACAGCACGCUACGCCUCCAUCAAUGCACACCUGGGCAUUGAACAGAGUCGGCGUGAUGACAUGGAGUCGCUAGGCUAUGUGCUGAUGUACUUCAACAGAACCAGUCUACCAUGGCAAGGACUCAAGGCUGCCACAAAGAAACAGAAAUAUGAGAAAAUCUCCGAGAAGAAGAUGUCCACCCCUGUGGAAAUACUCUGUAAGGGUUUUCCAGCAGAAUUUUCCAUGUAUUUGAACUAUUGCCGUGGCCUGCGCUUUGAGGAGGCUCCAGAUUACAUGUAUCUGCGCCAACUCUUCCGCAUCCUCUUCAGGACUCUGAACCACCAGUAUGACUAUACAUUCGACUGGACCAUGCUGAAACAGAAAGCAGCACAGCAGGGGGCCUCCUCCGGGGGCCAGGGCCAACAGGCACAAACCCCCACAGGCAAGCAAACUGACAAACCCAAGCCUAACAUGAAAGGUUUCUGAGUAGUCUCUUCAGAGCAGAGCUGCAGAAGUGUUGGCGACCAGGAACAACAAGGCUCUUUCCUAGACAUGCAACAAAGAGAGUUUUUGUCCCCCUUCUAUCUAUCUGUGUAAUGGAAAUAUAUAGAUAACACAGCAGACACGUGUGUGUAAAUCUAUAUAUUUGUAUGUGUAUAUAAUAAAACUCUCCACUCUGAAAGAAAGGAAGAAUGGAAUAGAAGGACCUUUGGAUGUGGAGGCUGUAACCCUGACCUGACAAACCUUCUCAUCUAUCCCUGUCUGUCUUCCUUUUCAUCGUUGGCUUUUUGUAAGGUUUUGUUCAAAACUGAAUUUUAAAAAAUAGGCAACCUUGGCCCUUUUCUUUUUCUCUGUGUGAGUAUCUCAAAGCACCUCUUCCCCCCUUCACUUAUUUCACUCUGCUUUACCAAGCAAAUGUUUCAACAUGUAAACCUAAAAACUCCUCCCCCCUUUUUUGUUUCUGAAGAGCUGAUUGAGGAAACCCUGGUUAUUUACUGAACGGUGAACUAUUGAUGAAUCAUGUUUUGUUUUGUUUUUCCUAUGGUGGUUAGGAGUUUGCCUGCUGACAUUAUAAGCAGCUGAUGGCAACAGUCUGUAGUAGAUUGAUACUCUGGCUCUCUCCCUUUCUUUAGAGCUUUGACUUAUUAUUAAAUCUGUUGUAAAACCCAUGGUCUUCUCCAGAAAUACAAAUAAAAACAUUACACAACUCUGAA